AUGACAACGCAAAGUUGUUUAGUGUCUUGCGGCGGAGGGGGCGGAGCGGAGGGGGUGGGGCGCGGCGUGGCUCUCUUCCGAUCGAUUGCCCCAGUUGGGCGGGCGCCGGCCCGCGCGGGGCGGCCAAUGCCCCACUUGGCGCUCGCCCACGCCGCCCGCGCGCGCGCCCACGUGAUUGCCCACUUUCGUACUGCCCAUCGCCAACAUCUUCUUACCCUCGCAGCCUGCCUGAGUACUCGUGCCAGCCCCGGCCCUUUCCACGUGUCCACCACGAGCCCUCUCACGCCCCGAAUAUACUUCGCUUUGAAGGUGAGUCCACGAGCUCGAUUGCUGGAUCCCCAGAAUUGGGUUUCUGCUGCCGGAGUACGAGUAUGUGAAUUACGUGCUAACUCUGAGUCGCAACUGAACUGGAUGUGAGUCCACUUCCUCCUCAUUCUAAGACUUUGAAUCUUCGUAUUAGAAAUGUGAAGUGUAAUAUGAAAUGAACAGGACUUUAUAAACUCAAGUUUUCUGAAAAUUAAUUUCUAUAUUUUGUAUGUAUUAUAACAGAAUGUUUUCUCUGCAUCAAAAUUUGAUUUUACUUCAAAUUAUAUCUAGUUAGUUAAAUAAUUUAAAAAAUCGUAGAGUACUCAUUAUCAUCUCCAUGUUUUUCUUCACCUUACCACAUUUUUAG